AAGUCGAGACUCGAGUCUCUAACGUGCUUUUGCAUGUCGUGUAACGAAAUAGCGGACGUGCGCGUGCGAUCAGACAAGCGGCGUGCCGAUACUCGCCUAAUUUCCUCGCGAACAUCCACGUUUCUUGUUCUCGAUCCUCGGAUCCGAAUCGUUCGUGUUUCUUUCCAGUGCACAACCUUCGCAAACACCACUUUUUUCUCUUCACCAUCCGUUUCUUUCGUUCUCGACAUCGCGCACGCACCGAUCCGGAGCGUGUGUGCGCGUCGAUGAAAGUUGCUGCUCGUUUCGCGUACACCAGAUUUAGUCUGGAGAGGUGCCGCAUUGUCUUCGACGAUUUUCUUCGGAAAACUUUCAAUUACUCCAACUAUUUCUGGGCUUGAGCUCACUAUGAUAUAUUUGUUACGUCCGCGACAAAAGCGCGGGGGGUGCGCGCCGUUUGACGUGCGUUACGACGACAAUUUCUCGAGGAGAUGCAGCGAAGUCUAAAGUCGAUGUUCUGACAGCAGGGAAGCGGAUGACAAAGCGGAAAAUGCUGGAGCAUCGGGUCCGAAAGGAGCCAGUGAAACGUGGAUCGUUCCGCAAAUUUAUGCCCUUCGUUAACAUUACCGAUCAAACUAAUGUCACCGUCGGCGUCAGGUUUCCGAGAUGAUCGAUGAUCGCGACGAUCGUUGUCGGUGAAUGAGAAAGGUGUUUCAUGGUGAUCGGUCGGAUAUUUCCGCCCGUUGAUCAAACGAAUUCGCAAAAUCCCUCGCGACCGUUUAAAAACAUGAGUGAUCCCGACGCAAGUGUGACCGUGUCCGAAGUAACUCGGACGUCCGUUUCUUCGAACACGUAAAGUUACGGAGGGUCGUUCGUUGAUCGGGAACAGCGAUUAAAGAUGCUUUGACUGCGAAGAAGAAUGUGCAGGAAGAUCCCGGUGACGGCACAGGAUCCCAGCUCUUCGAAGGAUCCUCCGCUGUCGAGAUCGAUCCCCUCUUCGAAGCAGAGCGAGUCGUCCAUUUUUAAGAGAACCGUGCGUUGAAGUCGGUGGAUCGACUUCAAAAAGUUCCUUCGAACCUUUCCGUUCGCUCCUAUCUUUGAAGUCGCACCGACCCUAACCAGACAAGAUUCCUGCUCGAGCGACUCAAAGAUAGAUCAAAGGCGAGGAGGGAGACGAUCACGAAAUCGAGCACGAAACAUGUGAAAGACGAGGAUCCAAGGGAUCGAUGGACGAUGUUGGAGUCGUCGGUGAUCCAGUGAUACCCUCUUGCCGCUGUCGUUCCCUGAUCCAAAAUGCUGGACAUAUUUCGGGGCCUGAAGAGCUUGAUCAAGAUCUCCCAUGUGCACAUCGACACUGCCGUUUUCAGACUGCAUUAUAGUCUGACUGUAAUCCUGUUGAUCGCAUUCUCGUUGAUCGUCACUACCAGACAGUAUGUUGGCAAUCCCAUCGACUGCAUCCACAGCAAGGACCUCCCGGAGGAUGUGUUGAACACUUAUUGUUGGAUUCAUAGCACUUACACGAUCACCGCUGCCUACAGGAAGAGAGAAGGCUUCGAGGUGCCCUUUCCUGGCGUCGACAAUUCCAAGUUGCAUCCCGAAAGCGAGAGGAAGGAGUACAGGUAUUAUCAGUGGGUCUGCUUCAUGCUGUUCCUUCAGGCGAUCCUCUUCUACACACCACGAUGGUUGUGGAAGGGGUGGGAAGGUGGCAAGAUCCAUGCGUUGAUGAUGGACCUCGACAUCGGCCUCUGUUCCGAGGUCGAGAAGAAACAGAAGAAGAAGAUGUUGCUUGACUAUCUCUGGGAAAAUCUUCGCUAUCACAAUUGGUGGGCUUACAGGUACUACCUCUGUGAAGUUCUCGCCCUGCUGAAUGUGAUCGGUCAGAUGUUUCUGAUGAACCGCUUCUUCGACGGUGCCUUUUUGACGUUUGGUAUCGACGUGCUCAGGUUUCUGGAAUCGGAUCAGGAGGACCGGGUCGAUCCGAUGAUUUAUGUGUUCCCGCGAAUGACCAAGUGCACCUUCUACAAAUAUGGCGUCAGUGGUGAAGUGGAGAGACACGACGCUGUUUGCAUACUGCCCUUAAACGUCGUCAAUGAGAAGAUAUACGUUUUUCUUUGGUUUUGGUUCCUCUUUCUCGGCGUGCUCAGCUUCAUAACGGUUUUAUACAGGAUCGUAAUUAUAUUUUCGCCGCGAACGAGGGUAUAUCUUCUAAGGCUACGGUUUCGUUUGGUCAGGAGAGAAGCCAUCGAAACAAUUGUUCGAAGAAGUAAAGUGGGCGACUGGUUUCUUCUUUACAUGCUCGGUGAGAAUUUGGACACGGUGAUAUACAAGGACGUGAUGCACGAGCUAGCGAACAAACUCGCGUCGAGACACCAUCAUAGUGUGCCUGGAAUUAAGGGAGAGCUUCAAGAAGCCUGAUGGAAAUUGCCUCGGAGAGCCGUGGGAGCGAUUAGGAUUUUCAAGGGGAGUAAAAUUCUUUUCGGCCAAAAAUGGAACGAACGAUGCCAAAGAUGGAGAUCCAAGGAUGAAAUAGAAUGGAUCACUUUUUAUUUACAGCUCGACGCGUGUGUUUUUCUUAUUUGUUCGAAAAAUGAUCGAAAUCUUCGCGAUUGAUGUGUAUAUUACAGACAAUCAUAGUUGAAUGGAGGAUGAUCAUUGUUUCGCGUAAAAGACAAAUUGCCACUCUAUGAUGGUCUUUUUAUUUCGAUUU